AAUAAUUUCAGCAACAAAGUUGAAUUUUUUUGAACUUUUCCAGUUUUGAAUAAUUUUGACGCUAAUUUAUGAGCUUUUAAACUUUGAAGAUUGCUUCAAGAAUGAAACCAAUGAUACGAAUAUAAAUCCACGUUUGUAUAUUGCAUCCACUUCAUCGACCAUGUCUUACAAUCAAACAGUCCAACAGUUUUUAAACCAGCUUCAACUCGCUUGGAGAAGAAGAGAUGCGAAUCUUGUCUCAGGAUUCUUCUCAUUGAAAGAUCCUCAUAUCGUGAAUAACAAUUUGUAUCAUUUUAAUCCCGAUAAUGCUGACAUGUACGUUGAAACUACCGUAGUCGACGUGAUUGCUCCCCAUCUAAGAUGUAUCGCUUGUCUAAAAGAUAAAAACUUCACCGAAGCUUAUAAUAAUCAGCUGGCUGUGAUGCAAGCUUUCGUGAAAAUAUUUCAAAACCUGAAAAACGACAAUUGGCUAAUACCAGUCAUCUAUACGGUUUGCUUGGAUCUCAGAAUGCUCACAUACAACGUCAACUCCGAAUUGACUCAAUCGCAAUUAAAAACCGGUGUAGUUAAGCCUCGAGAAGCUCUAGAAAACACCGCCGAAGCAAUCAUGGGCGCUUUUCGAGUUUGUGCUGCUGAUAAUCGGUCAGGUGAACAAGAAACUAAACGUUGGGGUAUGAUGCUGUUUGCCAAUCAAUUAUUCAAAGUGUAUUUUAAAAUGAGCCAGUUGCAUUUAAUGAAGCCUUUAAUCAGAGCUAUUGAUUCGUCUCCUUUCAAGAGUAAAUUUUCAAUUAGUCAACAAGUUACGUAUAAAUAUUACGCUGGUCUUAAAGCUAUGAUGGAUGAAGAUUAUAAAUCAGCCAAUCAAUACCUUACGUUUGCAUUCGAACGAUGCGAGAAAUCAUCGAAAAGAAAUAAACAACACAUAUUAAUUUACUUAAUUCCAAUCAGGAUUUUAUUGGGUUACAUGCCAACCAGAGAAGUCCUAGAGAAAUACGACCUGUUGCCAAUGUGGGAUAUUGCAAACGCUGUAAAAAGAGGCAGAGUGAACGAACUCGUGCAAGUCAUGUCGACGUACCAAGCUCUCUUAUGUAAAUAUCGAAUCUACACGGUUGUCGAAAAAUUACGUAUGAUUACCUAUCGAAAUAUGUUCAAGAAAGUAUUCCUGUUGCAUAAAAAUCCCCUCAUCGAUAUGAACGUUUUAAUGGUUACUUUACAAAUAUUCGAAGACCCGGAAAUCGAUCUAGAUGAGACGCAUUGUAUUUUAGCUAAUUUAAUCCACGAGGGUAAAGUUAAAGGAUAUAUUUCGUUGAGUCAUCAAAAACUCGUAUUGAGUAAAAUCGACCCUUUCCCUAAGCUAACGAGUAUAGGAUAACGAACCAUCGACAUUGGCAACUAUUCGUAUGGUUUUUAUCUCUCUUUUUUACUGUAAUAAAUUAUUCCAUUUUU